AUGAACCCCUCGAACGAAACCCAUCAACAACAAAUUCUCCCUAACGUUCACAACCCUCUGCAAUUCACCAUCGUUCUACCCCACUCUGACACCAAUUCAAACCCUAAUUCUUCACUCUCAAACCCUAGCAAUGUCAACGACUUGCUCACACUCGGUAUUCCGAGAAAACGAAGACGAGGCAGGCCACACGAUACUCUCUCCUCCAAUCAGGUAUACAAUUUACCUCCCGAAUUUCCCAACAAUCACCAAACAACACAAAAUUCUUUCGGUUCUAAUCAUUUUGAUAGAAACCCUAACAUCGGAUCAGAUCAAGCAGCACAAGUAGGUGUAUCCGAUGAAAUAAUAGUAAUCAACAAAGAAGCAACAUCCGAAGCUUUGAUUGCUUUAACCGCCGGGUUUCCGGCGGAUGUACUUACAGAAGAAGAAAUCGACGCAGGAGUUGUUUCGGUUGUUGGUGGAAUCGAACAGGUCAAUUACAUACUGAUUCGAAACCAUAUCAUCACCAAAUGGAGAGAGAACGUAUUCAAUUGGGUAACAAAAGAGAUGUUUCUCGAUGUUGUACCUUCGCAUUGUAGUAAGCUUUUAGAUUCUGCAUAUAACUAUCUACUCUCACAUGGAUACAUCAAUUUUGGGGUUUCACCAUUGAUCAAAGAUAAAAUUCUGGCUGAAGCUAAUACAAAAGGGAAUGUAAUAGUCAUAGGGGCUGGUCUUUCCGGACUUGCAGCUGCAAGACAACUGAUGACAUUUGGGUAUAAAGUUACAGUUUUGGAAGGAAGAAAACGUCCAGGUGGACGAGUUUACACCAGGAAAAUGGAAGGAGGAAAUAAAGUUGCAGCUGCUGAUUUAGGAGGAAGUGUUUUAACAGGUACACAUGGAAACCCUCUUGGGAUUUUAGCCAGACAAUUAUCAUAUCCUCUUCAUAAAAUUCGUGAUAAAUGUCCACUCUAUAGAUUAGAUGGAACACCAGUAGAUUCCAAAACUGAUACCAAAGUUGAAAUAGCUUUCAAUCAACUCCUAGACAAAGCAAGCAAGCUUAGACAGCUAAUGGGUGAAGUCUCACAAGAUGUUUCUCUAGGGGCAGCUUUGGAAACAUUUUGGGAAGUUGACAACAACUCUUCAAAUUCAGAAGAAACAAGUCUCUUCAAUUGGCAUCUUGCUAAUCUAGAAUAUGCAAACGCGGGUUUACUCUCUAAACUCUCUUUAGCAUUUUGGGAUCAAGAUGACCCGUAUGACAUGGGAGGCGACCAUUGUUUCUUGCCAGGUGGCAACUGGAGAUUGGUCCAAGCGUUAGCCGAAAACAUCCCGAUUCUUUACGAAAAAACAGUAAAUUCUAUUCGUUACAGCAGUGAUGGAGUACAAGUUGCUGUGAAUGGAGGACAAGUUUUUGAAGGAGACAUUGCUUUAUGCACUGUUCCACUUGGGGUUUUAAAAAGUGGGUUCAUUAAAUUCACCCCUGCAUUACCUCAAAGAAAAUUAGAUGGAAUCAAACGAUUAGGAUUCGGUUUAUUAAACAAAGUCGCAAUGCUUUUUCCUAAUCCCUUUUGGGGCACCGAUUUGGACAUGUUUGGGCAUUUAUCCGAGAACCCAAGUACACGUGGCGAAUUCUUUCUAUUCUACAGCUAUGCAAACGUAGCAGGUGGGCCCGUGUUAAUGGCUCUAGUGGCAGGUGAAGCUGCACGUUCAUUCGAAAGCAUGCCACCCACUGACGCGGUGAAACGUAUCCUCCGAAUCCUACGUGGCAUAUACUCGCCACAAGGGAUCGAAGUCCCGGAACCGAUACAAACUGUGUGCACACGAUGGGGUUGCGACCCGUUUUCUCUUGGGUCGUAUUCAAAUGUUGCGGUGGGGUCCACCGGGGACGAUUACGACAUUUUAGCAGAAAGUGUAGGGGACGGGAAGCUUUUUUUCGCUGGGGAGGCGACCACGAGACGUUACCCUGCGACCAUGCAUGGCGCGUUUUUAAGCGGGUUAAGAGAAGCUGCUAAUAUUUACCAUUUUGACACCAAUCGAGCUCUCAGGGGUAAAAUCGAGAAAAACCCAUCAAAAAACGCGGCAAGAGAGUUGGAAAGAAGGGAACAAGUGUUGGAGCUGAGGGAAGUGAAAGGAGGUGAUGAAAUGAGGUUGAAUUAUUUGAUUGAGAAACUUGGAGUGAAAUUGAUUGGAAGGAAAGGGUUGGGACCUGGUGCUGAUGAUGUUAUUUCUCAAAUUAAGGCUGAAAGAAGUAAAAGCAAACCUGCAGUAACUGUUAAAUCUGGAACCUUGAAGCCGAAAUCAGCUAUGAAGCAGAAGUUGGUGAGAAAGGCGAAGAUAUUGCGGAAAAACAAUAAUCAAUCGCUUCCUGUUAAAGGGGUUGGGGGUAAUGACGUGGAAGUUAAAGUAGGUGGUGGUAGUGUAAGUGGAAUGACCAAAUUGGUGGUUAGUGAGUCGAUUCCAAGUGUAAAUAUGAAUGUGGGUGAAGGGUUGAUUGGUAAUUUUAGCUCCUCCGCCUCUGCCUCUGAUCCUCCGAAUGUUGAGGGACUUGGUGUUGGGGUUGCUUCACGUGAUUGGGAUUUAGUAGAAUUAGAUGGUGAAAUGUUGUAAAAAAAAAAAACGGGACUUGUGUAGAUGUUUGAGUUUUAGAAAAAGAUUUUUUUUUUUU